CUGACGUGGCUGUUCAGCUGCGUCGCCUGAUGAUGACGUUGCCGGUCCGUGCUGAGACUGGAGCAGCAGGUUUGUUUUUAAAUGCCGUCUGAAAGUUAAAUGAAGUUGUCGAGAUGGACAUGUCUGUGAGAGAGAUCCACGUUAUGUCUGAGCCACAGUCUUCCUACUUCCUGCGGGUGGACUGGAAGGGGCGGGACUUAGGUUCAGGCUUCCAGCUGCUGCUGACAGAUGGACAGGAUGCUUGGAGAGGAGAUGUGAGUGAGGCAGCAGUGUCUGCUGAGGCAGAAGAGCUGGAGAUGGAGAAGGAGAAGUAUAUUCAGGACCUCCAGCAGGUGCUGACUGGGACAGAAGCCUCCACCAGCUACAGUUUUAGCCUGACACCUUCUCCGCCAGUCCAAAACUCUGCUGUUACCCUGGCCUAUGAGAAGGUGCAGAAAGACAUCUCGUUCAGGUUGGGUUCUGUUUUGCUGAAUGCAGACCCAGGGCCAGCGGAGGUGGUGAGAGAGUUACUUAUCCACAGUCUGCAGAGGGGCAACAAACUGCAGCGCCACAACCAAAAACUGGAGGAGCAGUACCAAAAAUUGAGACAAGAACAGGAACGCAUCAUUGCAGAACUGAAGGACUAUGCUGGUGUUAAGGAAGCCCUGGAGGCAGAGCUGUUCUCUAGAUUUGUCCUGGUUCUCAAUGAGAAGAAAGCCAAAAUCCGUAGUCUCCAGAACACCAUCUCACACCUACAGGAAGCGAGGACAUCUGGUGGACAGAAAAAGGGAGAUUCAAAAAAAUCAGUCCAAAUAACACACCAGGAGGAGACGGCUGACGAGGAUGAAUAUGGAUGCAGUACAGAUGAGGAGCCAGAGGGAGUGAAGUCCAGCUCAGACAUGACAUUACCAUCCCAGGAGUCACUUACUCCAAAACCUUUUGAUGUCAGCCUAAGUGACAUCAUAGAUGUGGCACCAUCUCGGAAACGGCGUGUCCGUCAUGUUGAGGCCCCAGACACCAAAGUGAAGCAUAGUAAUCCAAAGACGUCACCAAGACGCAGCAGUCACGGCCCUGCAGGAAGCAAUAAUCAGGAGGUCCCCCAGUGUUCCACACAUGCUACAACAGCAGCGGACGACCUGUUUGAGGACUUUUGAUGUUUUCUGGCUGUUACGGAUACUGCUGCCCUGCACUAAGACCUAAUAAUCACUGGAUAAUGUUUUUUUUUUUAAUCGGUAAACAGAUAUUUUUACAAUGUUCAAACUGUUUUUGGUUGUGUAACUUAUAGAUGAUGACACAAAUACUGAUACACUAACAAAUUAUUUCCGCUGUAAUGAGUGUUCCUGACUUGGUACUGAAUUGUUACAGCGUAUAUUUGCAAACCUGUUAUGUAAUAAACCAUGGGUGUGUGUAUAUUAUAA